CAUGGAAGCACCAGGUGAAGACCUCCACAGAGGCUGAGCUCUGCACUCGCUCUUUCCCACCGUCUUCUGUCUCUUUCGCCCAGUGCAUCCAGCUGAUUUACAUCUGCCUGGUGUCACGUUUUCGUCUACAGCAUCCAGAGCCUUGACUUCCUCUGCAGUGUGUCAGCCAGUGAAAACCCAAACUGAUGAGGAUCGUCUGAUUGAGUUAAAAAUAAGUUCCUUUUUUUCUUAUUUGCCAAGCGGAAAGAAUGUCGGAAAGGGCCGAGGAUGACGUCAGGGGGGAGCUGCGCCGAGCGGCCAGGCAGCAGCUGAAGCAGCAGCAGAUCCAGCGGGGAGAAGCCUCCACAGCAAUGGCGACUGUUGCGGAGCGGAGAUCCUUGCCUAGUCCAGAAAUAAUGCUGGGACAGCCUUGGAGCAACUGGGUCGACGCUUCCAAACUCCACGGCAACGACGGUGCUGAAUCGGAGGAAAGUUUCAAAGACUUCGGGAAAAAUCGAGAAGCCAUGCGUUUGUGCAGAGAAGACAUGCCCAUUUUUGGCCAGUGUCCAGCACAAGAUGACUUCUACCUGGUGAUGUGCAGCCAUUGCAGUCAGGUAGUGAAGCCCCAAGCCUUCCAAGCACACUAUGAGAGAAGACACAGUUCAGCCAGCAAGCCAGGAUCCACCUCGCCCUUCCCAGUGUCGGGCAGGAACCGGAGCAGUGGGCUUGGGCCUGGCUUAGGCUCAGGGUCUGUCGCUGGAGUGGCAAGUGGAGGGAUUCUCAGCCGACCUUCCACCGCUGGAUCCAGCCUAUCCUCCUCUUCGACCUCGUCAUCCUCCUCCAAUUCCAAACUCCUCAAACCACCCAAAGAGAAGCUGCCAGGCAUUCAGCGAAGACCACCCUUUUCCCCCUUCAGGGUGCUGCAGCCGGACAAGAUCCUCACCCCGGCUGUCAAGGUGGAGAAGAUGCAUCUGAAUGUGGACUCGUCAGCUAAGCUGGUGCAGACUCUCUCUGCCCCCGCCACCACCUCAUCCUCCUCCACAUCCUCCUCUAGCACCACUGUGAGCUCCAAUACUACCACCAUCACCACCUCCUCCUCAUCAGCCCUUAAACCAGGCCUUAACUGUCCCUCCAUACCAAAGCCUCCAUUACUGGCCCCGGGUCAAAUACCCAAUGGCAAGGGCCACCUCACGGUCCACUCUGACAAGAAGCAGGACAGCAGCAGCAGUGCCAGUAGCAGACGUCACGUUAACAAGAAAGUGACAGAACGCGAGUUCAAUCCAGAUGUCCACUGUGGCGUUGUGGAUAUGACAGCUCGGAAACCAUGCACAAGAUCUCUAACAUGCAAGACACAUUCCUUAAGCCAGCGGAGGGCGGUGCCAGGGCGGAGGAAGCGCUUUGACACAUUACUGGCAGAGCACAAGAACAGAGCAAGGGAGCGAGAAAGGGAGAGAGAAGUCCACCAAACCCAUUCUCAGCAAACCCCCCCUCUCAGGGACACACACCCCUCCUCGCACCUCACCACUGCCCAUGACCCCCAUCAGGUGUCUCAUGGCAACGGACCCGCCCUAGACGUCACUAAGCCUUUGCCACUCGGAAAGCCUAAAUUUCACAGCCCUGGUCUUCCACGACUAAACAGCAGUCAUGGAGGUGGUACCCCCGGAGACCCUGCAGUAGUCCAUGAGUCACCACACCAUUCACAAACUGCCCCAGAUGGUUUUUCACGACCCUCCAGUGAUGAGGGCGAGAACGAGGAGCGGGAGGAGAACGCUGACAAAUUGGACUGUCACUAUUCAGGUUAUCACCCUCGACCGGCAGCUUACUGUACCUUUGGAAGCCGACUGUUUGGGAGGGGUUGUUACUCCUUUGACCGGCGAUGGGACAGAGUGCGAUGUGCUCUAACCACAAUGAUGGACAAACACGUCAACUCUCAGAUGUGGAAGAAAAUCCCCUUGGCCUUGGAGAACUCCUCCUCUGUUGCACCUACCCAUAGGACAAGCACAAAUUAUCACGGUAGCACUCCCUCUUCAGGCUUCCUGGGCCCCCCUGCCACCUUGCCCCAGACUCCCUAUAGCCAAUCCUAUGAGGGCAAGUCAGUGCUCUCCUAUGGGACCACCUUAAAUGCCCGCAGCUCCCCUCAGGGCGGGGCUGAGCACCCGGCCUACGGCACCACGCAGGCCCGACAAGUGUCUUCGUCGCCGCAGAUGCCUUCAGCCCACUCGUCCUCAUCCUCUUCUUCAGCUCCCUCCCUUGCCUCAGGCCGGGCGCUCAAGUCCCGUUCCUCUAGCAGCAACACUACCAAGUCAGCAUCGUCCUUCAGGCCCAAAGAGAUCUCCUCUGGCUCCACCACACCUGUCAUCCCUAACUCGACUAGUGGGGGCAGCAGUGGAGCCAACAGUAACAGUAGCAGCACGAGCUUCAGCUCGGGGAAGAAGAGGAAGAACAGCUCUCUCCUCUCUUCAUCACACGGCUCCUCUGAAUCCUCCUCUAAUGCCAACUACUCUUCCUCCUCCUCCUCUUUCAAAAAGAACUGUGCAAAUGUCGGCAGCUCAGGGAGCACUUACCACCACAGCUCACUAGGACCUUCAUCCUCAUCGUCAUUAUCCUCCUCCCAUAGUGGAGUCCACAGCGUGGGGCUUAACUGUGGCCCCACCGUGCGGACCAACUCCCUUAGUCUCAAGGCUGAGCCUUCCGGAGGUUCAGCUGGUGGCUCCUCAGGGCCACCAGCAAGAGGGCCUCCGUCAGGCAGCCCAGCAGAGUCCAUCAAGCGCAUGAGUGUGGUGAUGAACAGCAGUGACUCCACCCUCUCCCUGGGGCCAUUCGUCCACCACCAGUCCUCAUCUUCAUCUGACCACCACACCAGCUUCAGCCACCACUCCUCAGAUGGACGCCUGGAGGGAAAGAAGCGCAAAAACUCUCCUGCCUCCAGCAGUGUUAAUAGUGGAGGUGGGGGAGGAGGGCUUGGAGGAGGGGGGCCAGGACCAGGUAGAUCCAAGGUGGCCAAGUCGCCUGCAAUUAACAACAUCCAUGGGAAGCAUGGGCGGAGCAUUCCAGGGACGCCGGGGCUCCCCAACAACUCUCAUUUACAUCAGCCAAAGGCUCGUCCUUGACAGCGGUGUCCGGCUUCUGUGUGUGGAACCGGCAGGCGGACGGGGAAUAGUCCGGGGCAGUCUACAUACUGCUCUGGUCUGCACGAGGCCUUCUAAAGUCAAACCCACAUUACUCUCAGCUUCCCACAAUCCUCAGGGUGGAGAUGAUCUGGACUGCCCAGUGAAGUCAGUGUGGUCCUUACUAAUUCUCCCAAAGCCAUGUGUGGGGUGGGGUGGUGGUGGCAGUGGCAGCACUGUAUGGGGAUAAAUCACAUGUGGAGCGCCAGGGGUCUAAACAGCGAGCCAAUGACCCUCCCACACUAGUGUUUUCCCAGUAUUCUGAGAGGUCUUCCUGUCUGGUUGGAAGUAGGAGGAGCAGUAGAAACAGCCAUGGGUCUCUGUGGUUUAAAGCUCACUGACUGGCGCAAGCUGUGCGCAACACGCUGUCAUGACGCUGAGCAACUGGGGAGACAGCAAGCCCGAUCUCUUCCGUGUUUAUUACAGAAUGAGUGUGUGUGAACGUGCGUGCGUGUAUGAGUAUAUUUUCUCAUGUCAGAUUCUGCUGGACUACUGGAAUUUCCAAUUUACUUACACCCCCAGCGCCUGAUCUCAGAAGCCUUGGAAGGAGAGCAGGAGGACCAGC